AUGGUGCCCAGAGUGAGCCCUGCGAGGUCACUUACCAACUCCCCUGGAUUCCUAGGGUUCCGGCAAAAGGGAGGCCCUCCCUCCGGGGUCCCCUUUUCUGGACCCUCUGACCUGCAAGGUUCAGAGUCGCCCCUCCAAUCAAGCUGCUGCGGGAGCUGGGGAAACGAUCCAGGAUGUUUCCAGCGGUCCGCCGCCCACUGGCUCGGUAGUUGCGAGAGGCGGGGGGCCCGAGAGAGGACUGCCUCGCCUCCCUCCUCCGGAGGAAGCCCUUCGACGCCUCGGCUCGAGCAGGAGGCGCGGGCCUGCCUGCCGGCCGGCCGGAAGAACCCGCUCCCGAGUUUUCCCGCCGCUGCCCCUCGAGCUACCUGGCCGGCCCCGGUGCCGGUGCCGGUGCCUGCGCCUGCGCCCCCGCCCCCUCCCCAGGAGGCCGCAGGGCUUGUGACUCUUGCAGAGGUGACGGGCCGAGAGGGAAACCAGGCGGCUGGGGGAGGGGCGUCGCCUGCACCUGGCCCCUGUCCGCCGCCCAGGCCGGGAAGGGCGGGCCUGGACCCCCGCCAGCCCCGAAGGAGCGGCGGGGGAGGGGAGCCUCCUGCCUCGCCCGGGGGAGGUCCGGGACCGGCCGGGGAAACCUCCCACCCCACCGGAGCGCGGCGGAGACGCGUCCGGGGAUCGGGCGGCUCGGCGCCCCUUCCCGAGCUGCGCUGGGCCGGCUCCCCCGGCCGGCCGCGCUCUCCAGCUGCAGGAAAUUCCAGAAGCUCUCCAUCAUCCGGGCGCAGCGCGCAGCCCAGGCUGCCAAGGCUCCCCCGAAGGAGAGCCACAUGCCGGCCGGCCGGCCGACCGCGCGGCCCGCCCUCGCCCCCACCCUGUCCCACUCGGCCCGGCCGGCCACGUAGCCCGGCCCGCCACCCCUUCCCGCGCCCCGGGGGCCCGGCGGAAUGCGUGGCGGCCCCGGCUGGGGGCUAUUUUGAGCGGGAAGGGGAGCGGCCCGGCCGCGGGGUUUUCGGCUUUUUCCUGGCCCCCGGCCCGCUAGCCCAGGCCCUCGGCUGCCCGCGGAGGAGGGACACGUGGAAGGGGAGAGGAGGGCAGCCUCGAUCCGGCUCCGGGCUGGGGAGGGCCCCGGAGACACCCGGCCCGACUUGCUUUGCUCUGCGGGCCGAGCGACGGGAUUACUAAUAGCGCCUUGCACGGGCGGUGGCUCCAGGGCGCCCGCUACCUGCACGCCCCUCCUCCGGUGAGCGCCGGCGGCCGGGGCACUCCCUCCCCAGCGGCGGACUCAGGCCUCACUGGAUAGCGCCACCGAGCACCAGUGGCCAAUCACCGGCCUCGAUUUCCUUACCUUGUCUUUGCCUUGCUGCUGCCGACAUCAUCAAGGCCAAGGUCUCCAGGUUGACAUUCGGUGGCCUUCACAGCCAGCUGGGGCCCACUGGUCACCGCACCCUUCCCUCUCCUCUGGUCAGUGGGCUGAUUUCUUCCUUUCCAACUGUCUGAGUACCACCCACAGGCUCACUCAGGUUGGGACAGUUCCUGCCCUGCUGGCCUGUCACCCAGUGCUUCAGGCCUAGCCAGCUGCCCCCACUCUGCCCUUGGGGUUAUCCCUGGGUCCAGACACUCUCAGCUCUCCUUGAGCAGACCAGGCUGAGGUGUACUGACCACACGGCCAGCUCCAGGAAGUAGGCCACUGCCCUGACUAUGCAGCUUGGCUCCAUGUCUGGAUACUGGCUUACCUUAGGUCUCACUUGUCCUCUCCACUCUCAUUCUGUCCCCUUGCCGCAGGGAGUCAAGGGCAUAGCACCACCCUCAAAGUUGGGACGGAGUCUCCAAGUCUGCUUUCCCCUCUGAGUGUCAGUGUCUCUUCUGUAGAUGGGCACAGCCAUAUCUGCACCUCACAUGAGCUUCACAAAGGCUAGAUUGCUUGUAGACUCUGUGUGUGUGUGUGUGUGUGUGUGUGUGUGUGUGUGUGUGUGUGUGUGUAGAUGUGUUCUAGUAAAGUUUGCAAAAAUUCCAAAUAGUCACCACAGACUCUAUCUCUAAGUUUAUUUCAGAUUCUCAUCCAUGCCAAGAGAGGUGCUAUGCACCCUGACUUCUGGAUACUCGGGAGGCUGAGUCAGGAGGGUGGCCAGGAGUCCCUCAGCAGCUGGCCAACACAGUGAGACCUUUGUUUCCAAAAAAAUAAAAACCUACAUCCAGGGCACUCUUGCAAUCUUGUACUCUCUAAGCCCUACCCUGUUUGCCUGCUUGGUACUUCUAAUAACCAUCUAACAAACCUCUCUGUCUCUCUCUCUCUUCAUGAGUACACACACACACACACACAUUUGCUCUUGUUUAUUUUGGAGACAGGAUCUCACUAUGUAGUCAGGUUGUCCUUAAACUCAUGACUCUCUUGCCUUAGCCACCCUAGGAUUACAGACAUAUACCACCAUGCCUAGCCAGCUAAUAAUCCAUACAUUUUACCUGCUUUUGUGUGAAUUAUUUUACUCUGUGUACAUUUGCUUGAGGGUAGAGUGUUUUGUUUUGUUUUUUAAUACAACAAUUCUGUUCACUGCUUUGUGUCCUAGAACAGCCUAACACCAAAUAUGCAUUGUUAGUUGAGGAAUGAAUGAACGAGUCACGUCUGGACUAUGUUCCAGGCACCAUCCUGCUCACGGAUUGUCUCAGCCUAGGGUCAGGUGCUUAAAAAAAUGGGGAGGAAGCAGCUUGGUUAGGCUGUGACUCCAGAGUCUACCCUGUUAAUGACUGUGUUCUAUUUCCUUUCCUGUGAUUAGCUAAGCCUCAUAUUACUGUCACCCAUCACAUGCCCCUGAGGCCACCAGCCUCCCAACUCUUCUCCACUGGGCCACUUCCUCCCAUUUCUCAGCUCUAAGUAAGCUACACUACUCAUUCUCCCCUUGGGGCCGGUGCUUAGGCCCUGCCUAGAAUGUCCUGGGCCCCCAUCUCUUUCAGCUCACCUAUCUCUCAAGACUCAUGUGUGGGAGCAUUCUAGCCAGGUUCCACUUUCCUUUACCUGCAGCAAGUUCAAGUUUGAGGCCAGCCUGAGCUACACAAGUCACUCCGUCUCUUUCCCUACUCUCCUUUUUCUGUGUUUGAGCAUGAGCAUGUCUGUGCACGCACACAUCAUGCACACACAGGCCUUGUCCUCUUCUGUCCCUUCUUUGCUAUCCCUGUCCCUCUCCUGACCAGGGCGUCCUCCUUCAUCUGCUAGAUCAACACCUCCGACCCCAGCCCCCAACUAGUUUGAAUCUUUUUGAUUAAGAAAUGUAGCCCCAAGCUGGGCGGCGGUGGCAGUGGCAUAUGCCUUUAAUCCCAGCACUCGGGAGACAGAGAUGAGGAUCUUUGUGAGUUCGAGGCCAGCCUGGUCUACAGAGUGAGUUCCAGGAAAGGCUCCAAAAGCUACACAGAGAAA